AUGGAAUCAGUUGUUCUCGAAACCAGUCUCGGAGACAUUCAGCUUGAAUUAUACUGGAACCAUGCCCCUCGAACCUGUCAGAACUUUGCUGAACUUGCAAAACGCGGCUACUACAACGGCGUCGUGUUUCAUCGAAUCAUCGCUGACUUCAUGAUUCAAGGCGGAGACCCAACCGGAACUGGUAGAGGUGGAACGAGCAUUUACGGUCAGAAGUUCGAGGAUGAAAUACAUCCAGAGCUACGCUUUACGGGUGCAGGAAUUCUCGCCAUGGCAAACUCGGGACCCAAUACGAACGGAUCUCAGUUCUUCAUUUCGUUGGCGCCCACGCCAUACCUCGACGGCAAACACACCAUUUUUGGCCGGGUGAGCUCAGGCAUGCGUGUUGUGCAGAGAUUAGGUGCAGUCGCAGUUGAUGCUCAGGAUCGGCCAAGAGAAGAUGUAAAGAUACACAAGGCUCGGACAGUGUGA